AGAUUUUGUGGAGACUUAGAUUGCCCGGACUGGGUUCUGGCUGAAAUCAGCAUUCUGUCACGAAUGACAUCAGUGAAGAUGAAAUUACUUUGUAUACAAGUCAUAAAGGAUCUACUUGAUGAAGGAAUCGAUUAUGAGAAAGUCUACAAACUGACGUCCGAUGCUAAGUUUGAAAUUGGUGAUGUGAAGGCAAGUUUAGCGGCCCUCAGUUUCGUGCUUUCCAGUGCUGCUAAAUAUGGCAUUGACGGAGAAUCCCUCUCUAAUGAACUUCAGCAGUUAGGUCUCCCAAAAGAACAUACUGCAGCAUUAUGUAAAUCCUACAGUGAUGGUGUAGAUAAACUACAAACUCAUUUUAGAAAGACUAGUCUGCGAUUAUCCCAUGUUGACUCGGUGCGAUGGAGAGUUGACUAUGUCCUCAGUUCUAGUGAGUUAAAGGACGUAAAUUCUCCCUGUGUCCAGUUACAGUUGACCACUAAGAACCCAGACACUGGUGCAACAUCACCAAUCUCCUUCACAGUAUCAACAGAGAAGUUCCGUGUCCUACUCAGCGAAUUAAAACAAGCCAACAGUGUCAUGGAGUCUUUAUCAUCUUGAUGGUCAACACAUCUUAAUUAAAAAUCUAAUUAGGAAAAAAAAAGAAAACGAAAGAACCACACAAAAUUGUUGGAAUCAGAAUCUAGCUUGAUGUAAUGUUACCAUGGUGAUCAUUCACUGUUGAUACUUUAGGGUUUUAUUUGAUCUUUAUGUAGUCAGAAGAGUGUGUAGAUGAGAUCUUUCUCUUAAUUGAUUACGUGCAUCAGUUUCUUAUACACAAGACAAUACACUUCCCAGUGAGAGAUUUUCCUGUCUUGUCGGAUUUGUGUGGUACAUAUUCAUGACAUUUGGUGCAAAGUGACACAAUGAUUAAAACAUAGUUAUAUUCAGUUGUCUUUCUGAAGUAUAAAAUGAAAAGAGAUUAAUGGCUGAGGUAUGGAGUGUCUGUCCUCGGCUGAGAUAUGGAGUGUCAGUCCUCGGCUGAGGUCUGGAGUGUCUGUCCUCGGCUGAGGUAUGGAAUGUCAGUCCUCGGCUGAGGUAUGGAGUGUCUGUCCUCGGCUGAGGUAUGGAGUGUCUGUCCUUGGCCGAGGUACGUAGAGUCGGUCCUUGGCUGAGGUAAAUUGAUCCCAAUCACCAAACAAAUUCUUUCGUUGUAAUGUAUUACAGGAAGACAAGGCUUUAUUCUGUUGUUGAUAUGAUGUAGUAAAUACAUUGUACAGUAAUGUAAUGAAGGAUUAACAUUUUCGUCCAUACUUGUGAUGGAUUUUAUUCCUAAAUUUGGGUUUAUUACAGUACAUGUGAUUGUAUUGAGAUCUUUAUACACAAAGAUAAUUGUACAGAGAGGAGUACAGGUCACCUUACUGGACCUGAAUGUAGUUUUAUUGAGUACAAGGACUAUAGUCUCGUUAUGAUUGAGGUCCUCCCUGGGGUACUGAUAAUGUCAGGGUUUUCUGUGUUAAAAAGUAUUACAUGGAUAUAUGACUGCAUUGAUCUAUUACAGUUUCUAUUCCAUGUUUACUUAACAAUGACUGCAGGGUGUCCGAUUCACCACUGUGAUGAUUUGCUAAAAUGUGAAACUACACAAAUAUUUAAUUAUGACAAGUUAUGUAUGUUACUACUGGUGAUUAGGAAUCGAACAAAGAUGACAGAUUUAGAGGAAACUGAUGUUUUACCUCCUGUUCAAUUAUGUCAAAUAUGAUGAAAUUAUGGAAAUAAAACAUAUUUUAUUAUCUUA